UAGUAAAAUAACAUCAGCUAGCGUCUUAGGGUUUCAUAUACGCUCAUUCUUGACCUAUAAAAUGCCUCUCUCAGUCGACACCUCUCUCCUACGGUAGCAGAGAUCAGUGCAGAUCUACAGACCACCGUCAUCAAGAAGGAAUUCGCAAACUUAGUUACAAUGGCAGUCACAUUCUACGAUGUCAACUCGCCUGCUGGCCUGAAGAAACUUGAUGAUUACCUCCUUACUCGCAGUUACAUUACAAGCUACCAAGCUUCAAAGGAUGAUAUUACUGUAUAUGGAGCUCUUUCAAAGGCCCCAUCAGCUGAAUACGUUAAUGUCUCUCGGUGGUACAACCAUAUCGAUGCGCUCUUGAGGAUCUCUGGUGUUUCUGGAGAAGGGUGUGGUGUCACUGUGGAGGGAUCUGCUCCUAUCACUGAGGAGGCAAUUGCAACUCCUCCUAUUGGUGACACAAAGGCCGCAGCUGCUGAGGAUGAUGAUGAUGAUGUGGACCUUUUCGGUGAAGAGACUGAGGAGGAGAAGAAGGCUGCGGAAGAACGUGCUGCUGCAGUUAAGAAAUCUGCCAAAAAGAAAGAAUCUGGCAAGUCAUCAGUUCUUUUGGAUGUGAAGCCAUGGGAUGAUGAAACUGACAUGAAAAAGCUCGAGGAAGCAGUGAGAAGUAUUCAGAUGGAAGGGUUGUUUUGGGGAGCCUCUAAACUCGUAGCAGUUGGGUAUGGUAUCAAGAAAUUGCAGAUAAUGCUUUCCAUUGUGGAUGACUUGGUAUCUGUUGACGAUCUCAUUGAAGAACGUCUUACAGUUGAACCUAUUAAUGAGUAUGUCCAGAGCUGUGACAUCGUGGCCUUCAACAAAAUAUAGAAUUGGAGGAUAAGCCUGUGUGUUUGUUGGUGCUGGGGAGGUUGAAGACCUGAAGUUAUGGCGACUUUGUAUUCCUAUCUUUGAUCCUCAAAACUCUAAUAUUCCAAAUUUUGUUUGUUGGGACGUGCGUUUUUAGUGAUUGAUUAUGCUUCCAGAGAAGCAAAUGGUGUCUACUACUAUAUUUUUAUGAUCUUGGUAUAUGGAAUAUAAUGACUUAAAACCAUAUCAACAGAAUGCACAAUUUGUGGACA